AAGAAUGAAGUAAGAGAUUCUUUUGGGUCACAGAGUAGGAAUUUUUGGUUUCUUUCUCACUUUAGGAGGGAACACAGACACUAUCUCUCUCUCCUUUUGCUUUUCUCUUCUUUUCCUUUUUUCCCUUUGUUUUUUUUCCUUCUUAACAAUCACGUUCACUGUAUGUUUUCUUGGACUCCAAGUGGCUCUUAUCUUGGGCUGUAAUCUAACGCAUUAUGUUAUAUGUAAUCACAUUAAAAACACACCCUUUUGAUUCUCCCAAGUUGUUCUAGCUUGGAUUCCCUCUCCCUGUGUGUGUGUGUGUUGAUACUUCUCAAAAAAAAAAAAAAAAAAAAAAAAGUUGUUCUAGCUUGUUGAGUAUUUUUCACUGCAACGCUUGGUUUCUGAUAAGUGCUGCUGCUGCUACUACUACUACACAUAUUAUACACAAUACACUCCUUGUAAGUGAGUUUUUCUUGGUCUUAGUAUUAAGCUAGUUUUGGAAUGGUAAAGGUUUCUUUUUGGGGGUAUGGGACAUAUGGGUUUUCGUGAAGAUUUUCUGAUUUCUUGUUAUCUUCCUUUGGAAGUGGGAGAAUUUUUUGAAGUUGGUUUUUUAUUUGGAGAUUUGGGUUUUGAAGUGUGUAAGUAAUUAAAAGGACUAAUUUUGUUAUUGGGUUUAAGUCUUUUGAGGGAAAAGAAAGAAAAGUAAAGAAGAAGAGAAACAAAGAUGGCAGGUGGACAAGCUGCACCACCACCAAAACAAGAAGAGUUACAGCCACAUCCAUCCAAAGAUCAGCUCCCAAAUAUUUCUUUCUGCAUAACUAGUCCUCCACCAUGGCCCGAGGCAAUUCUACUUGGUUUCCAACAUUACCUGGUGAUGCUUGGCACAACUGUUUUGAUCCCGGCAUCUCUUGUUCCACAGAUGGGAGGAGGCAAUGAGGAGAAAGCAAAAAUGAUUCAGACAAUAUUGUUUGUGGCUGGUUUGAACACAUUGUUUCAAACCUUUUUUGGGACUCGGCUACCUGCUGUGAUUGGAGCUUCUUAUACCUUUGUGCCAGCAACCAUUUCAAUCAUUUUGGCUGGUCGAUACAGUGAUGUUUUAAAUCCACAGGAGAAAUUUGAAAGGAUAAUGCGUGGAACUCAGGGUGCUCUUAUUGUAGCAUCGACUCUCCAGAUCGUAAUUGGCUUUAGUGGACUUUGGCGUAAUGUUGCGAGGUUCCUAAGUCCAAUUGCUGCUGUUCCCCUAGUUGCUUUGUCAGGUUUUGGGCUAUAUGAGUUUGGUUUUCCUGUGCUUGCAAAAUGCGUGGAGAUUGGGCUGCCACAACUCAUCAUUCUGAUACUAAUUUCACAGUAUGUACCUCAUUUAAUACGUGGGGAGAAGCAUGUCUUUGAUCGCUUUGCUGUUAUAUUCUCGGUGGCGAUUGUUUGGAUUUAUGCUCAUCUGCUCACUGUGGGUGGGGCUUACAAGAAUACAGGGCCUAAAACUCAAUUAAGUUGUAGAACUGAUCACGCUGGAAUUAUUGGCGCUGCUCCAUGGAUAAGAGUUCCAUAUCCUUUUCAAUGGGGAGCUCCCACGUUUGAUGCGGGAGAAGCUUUUGCUAUGAUGACUGUUUCAUUUGUUGCUCUUGUAGAGUCCACAGGUGCUUUCAUUGCUGUGUCAAGGUAUGCAAGUGCAACUCCACUGCCACCUUCUAUUCUUAGCCGUGGUGUUGGUUGGCAGGGAGUGGGCAUUCUGUUCUCUGGGAUAUUUGGAACUGGAAUUGGGUCAUCAGUUUCUGUUGAAAAUGCGGGUUUAUUAGCAUUGACACGUGUUGGUAGCCGAAGGGUUGUCCAAAUAUCAGCUGGUUUCAUGAUCUUCUUUUCCAUCCUUGGAAAAUUUGGAGCUGUCUUUGCUUCAAUCCCAGCACCAAUCAUUGCAGCUUUAUACUGCCUGUUCUUUGCCUAUGUGGGUUCAGCAGGCCUCAGUCUUCUUCAGUUUUGCAAUUUAAACAGCUUCAGGACAAAGUUUGUAUUAGGCUUCUCUAUUUACAUGGGCUUAUCAAUACCUCAAUACUUCAAUGAAUAUACAGUUGUUAAAGGCUAUGGUCCUGUCCACACUGAAGCAAGAUGGUUCAACGAUAUGAUCAACGUGCCCUUCUCAUCGGAAGCAUUUGUUGCUGGCUUGUUGGCCUUUUUCCUUGACGUCACACUGCACCGGAAAGACAAUCAAACCAGGAAAGAUAGAGGCAUGCAUUGGUGGGAUAGGUUCCGGUCAUUCAAAACAGACACAAGAAGCGAGGAAUUCUAUUCCCUGCCGUUCAAUCUGAACAAGUUUUUCCCAUCUGUUUGAUCUUUGGGGCAUGUAGUUUUGACUUGUAACCAAAUCAUGCUCCUCCAAUAUCACUUUGUUGGUAUCACACUAUGUAACAUCGAUCGCAUUUUUCUCUUUUAUCGUAAGUUGUUUAACUAUAUAAAUCAACUUAGCAGUACUAAUGAAUACCUUCUUUUCGCAGCCUCCCUUGAGUAGUCCUCCCUCAGGUUCCACCUAAAAUGGUAUUGCACUGGCAAAAAUGUAAAGUUGCUAUCUUUUUUUCAGUACAAUACAAGAUUUAUGGCUCUAGUGGUA